AUGUCCUUUAGGAAUGAGGCUGAAUUUCAGUCGGAGGAAACUCCCUCGUCUUUUUCAAUGGCAUUCAUAACAGAAUUUGUUGGGUGUGAAUCCGAGGAAGAAGUUGAAGAAGAUGAAGCAAAAAUUUGUAUCGAGUCAAUCUCAUCAAUUGAGGUGUGUGGGUUCAGUAAUCAAGAAGAAGAUGAAGGCAGUUUGGAUAUCCUUGGGGUAAACAACCCGGAACGAGGGAUCCUCAAGGAAGAAUUAGAAGAAACUUCAGAGGGGUUUGAAGAAAUUGAUAGAAAACAAGCUAAUCGGCUACGACCUUCAGUGGAAGAACCUCCCGAGUUGGAGCUAAAAGCAUUACCGGAACAUUUGGAGUACGCUUUUCUAGCCGAAGGAUCAAAAUUGCCGGUGAUCAUAGCUUCAAGUCUGUCUUCGGAGCAAAAAGAGCAGCUGGUUGCUAUGCUAAAAUUGAACCCAAACAUGAAAGAAGUGGUAAAAGCAGAGGUGGUAAAGCUCCUUGACGCAGGAAUUAUUUACCCCAUUUCGGAUAGCGCGUGGGUGAGCCCGACACAAGUGGUAUCGAAGAAGGGUGGUAUGAUAGUAGUGAAAAAUGAGCAAAAUGAGUUAAUUCCGACAAGAACGGUCAUAGGAUGGCAUGUUUGCAUUGAUUAUCGGAGGUUGAAUGAUGCUACAAGAAAGGAUCAUUUUCCAUUGCCAUUCAUUGACCAAAUGUUGGAACGAUUAGCAGGCCACAAAUUUUAUUGUUUUCUAGAUGGUAUGUCAGGGUACUUUCAAAUCCCAAUCGCUCCUGAAGAUCAAGAAAAAACAACUUUUACUUGCCCUUUUGGUACUUUCACUUAUAGAAGAAUGCCCUUUGGACUUUGCAACGCACCGGCCACUUUCCAAAGAUGUAUGACAGCCAUCUUUGAUGACUUGUUAGAAGAUAUAAUGGAAGUCUUCAUGGAUGACUUUUCGGUGUUUGGGGAUUCUUUUGAGGCAUGCUUGAAGAAUCUUGAGAAAGUACUUACACGGUGUGAAGAGACAAAUUUAGUUCUAAAUUGGGAGAAGUGUCACUUCAUGGUCCAAGAGGGGAUUGUCCUUGGUCAUAAAAUUUCUAGCCAAGGAAUUGAGGUUGAUCGGGCAAAAAUUGAAACUAUUGAGAAACUACCUCCUCCAACAAAUGUCAAGGCAAUUAGAAGUUUCUUGGGGCAUGCAAGUUUCUAUCGCCGAUUCAUUAAAGAUUUUUCUAAGAUUGCCCAACCAAUGACCAAGUUGUUAGAGAAAGACACCCCAUUUGAGUUUAAUCAAGAGUGCUUGCUUGCUUUUAACUUGUUAAAAGAAAAACUCAUACAAGCACCUAUUCUCAUCUCACCGGAUUGGAGUCUCCCCUUUGAACUUAUGUGUGAUGCUAGUGAUCAUGCCGUGGGGGCUGUUUUAGGGCAGAGAAAAGAUAAAUAUUUCCAACCAAUUUAUUAUGCAAGGAAAGUCCUUCCUAGGGAACUGUCUUUUCAGCAAAAGAAGAAGUUCUUUUCUGAUUUAAAGCACUUUACUUGGGAGGAUCCGUACCUUUUCAGAAUUUGUGCAGAUCACAUAGUGCGAAGAUGUGUUUCGCGGGGUGAAAGUUGCGAUAGUUAUCAACGAGCAGGAAAUUUGUCUAGACGGGAUGAGAUGCCGCAAAAUCCAAUGCAGUUUUGUGAGGUUUUUGAUGUGUGGGGCAUCGACUUUAUGGGGCCAUUCCCUAGCUCCAAUGGGAAUCGUUAUAUAUUGGUCGCCGUGGACUAUGUGUCUAAGUGGGUGGAAGCUCAAGCUCUCCCCACAAAGGAUGCUAGAAUAGUAAUCAAAUUCCUCAAGAGAUUAUUCACUUGUUUUGGAACCCCUAGAAUCAUCAUAAGUGAUCGGGGAACUCAUUUUUGCAAUGCCCAAUUUGAUAAAAUUCUGAAAAUAUACAGUGUGAACCAUCAUCUUGCCACACCGUAUCAUCCACAAACAAGUGGGCAAGUGGAGGUAACCAAUCGGGAAUUGAAGAGAAUUCUAUCAAAGUCAGUGGAGCAUAAUCGGAAGGAUUGGUCGGAAAGAUUGGAUGAUACAUUAUGGGCAUAUCGGAUAGCAUAUAAAACUCCGGUAGGAACCACGCCAUAUAACCUUGUUUAUGGAAAAGCAUGUCAUUUACCAGUAGAGCUUGAACACAAGGCAUAUUGUGCAAUUAAAGCAAUGAAUUUCAGUCUUGCACGGGCCGGUGACCAAAGAAAGUUGCAGUUGAAUGAAUUAGAUGAGUGGAGACUAAGAGCCUAUGAAAAUGCAUGAAUCUACAAAGAAACAAUUCGUUCAUGGCAUGACAAACAUAUUGGACUGCACAAGGAUUUCAAAGUAGGCGAUCGAGUGUUACUCUUCAAUUCACGGUUGAAGUUGUUUCCGGGAAAACUUAAAUCAAGAUGGUCAGGUCCAUAUGAGAUUACUCAAGUAUCUCCACAUGGUGCAAUUGAGAUCAUUCACCCGGAGAAAGGAACAUUCAAGGUAAAUGGACAUAGAUUGAAGCCUUACUUCGAAGGGGAUGUGGAGGUUGCUAGGAAAGAGAUUAUGGCACCAUGGACCAAGAGGUUAGCCCAGAAACGUUCUCGCCAUGAUAGGGAGCCGACCUCACUACCGGUAAUCGAAUUUCCUGACCCCAUUCAUCAGCAGCGGUUUGAGCAUCUCCAGCACCUGAAGAUUGGACAAUCGCGUUUUAUCGACUGGGAUGCACUAGAGGACAUUGGUCUUACUGAGGAGGUUAGAGCACUUUUUAGUGUUGGAGGUUGGGACCUUUUAUUCUCCAUUCAGGAGCCCGUCAGGCGAGAUAUUACCUUGGAAGUUCUUGCCUCAUUUUCUUUUGACCGUGACUCAGUUGAUAUCAGUUUUGACGUUCCCAAUGCCAUUCGUUUCCGCGUUUUCGGUGAGCCGCAUAGGAUGUCUUUGACCCAGUUCUCGAUAUAUCUCGGUUUAUAUGAUCAGACCUACGCUGAUACUAUCGAGUACACUGAGCUCCUCACCGAUUAUCCUUCUAAUCUCACUCCGGGCCAGGUCUUCCAUGAUCUAUGUGGUGGUCGUCAGUAUUCCGCAGGUCAUUCAAAGGCCUCAUUGCUUACUCGACCGGUGGACAUUUACAUCCAUGCUGUUCUUAGCAGGUCCGUGAUAGGUCGGGGGGAUGGUACUGGUUCACUUCGCAGGACAGAUCUGUUGUACCUCUACUCCAUAAUCCAUGGAGCCCCUCUCCACUUAGGAUAUGUGGUUGCCGACUAUUUUUGUCAUCAGAGUGAGUACUUGCGAUUGGGAGCAUUGUUUGUAGGACCCUACAUCACUCGUCUUAUGUUCAAGAUGGGUCUUAUCCGUUCAGUCAGAGGCGAGGAGAGAGUCAGUAUUCCGGCACCAUUGGGUUUGGCCACUCUCCGAAUGAUGGGCAUUGUGCGACGUAUAGGCUCGGGCGGAUAUGCACUAGUAGAGUCGUCAUCUGGGGACGAUGAGAAGCCUGCUGAGACUACAGAGGCACCACCUGCAGCCGAGCCCAUAGUCACCGAAGCAGCACCGGCAGCAUCAGCCGAUCUUGAGUCAUCUUCCUCUCGAGUUCACGAGCGUCUGGCUCGACUCGAGGCUGCCAUUGCUACCAUUCUUGAGAACCAGGCACGGAUUCUGGAGCGUCUUGAUCGUAUUCAGCAGGCUCUUGACGAGGAGGUCUCCUCCGCUUCUGUGCCAGCACCAGCUCCAGCUACUGACGCUUGA